AUGAAUAAAUACUCUUUAAGAUUUGACAACCCUGAGAUGGAGAACCUCUAUUUUUAAGACUAAUUUGAAGAAUUAUUUAAUUUUUAUACUUGGGCUUGUUGCUUAGGUACAAUAAGUGCGAUUUGUGUAUUUACCAUGGAAUUUAUUGUUCCAUUUGGAUUUGGAUUUUGGAAAUACACUCUAAUUAUAAUUCCUUUGGGGUUUGGAUUUAGUCAUAGGUUAAUAAAAAUAUUGCCUAAAUAUUUUAAUUAUGUUUUGGCUAUGAUGAAUAUCUCAUUAGGUGGCCUAAUUUUUAUUUUACUAUAUUUUUUCUCUAAUUCCAAUAUUCUGUUUUUAGCAGGAUAGACAGUAGCUAUGAUUCAAUAUAGUUUGUUGUUGGGUUCAAAUAUCAUAAUCAACAUAUUUGUUUUAUUAAUAAAUUAGAUAGGAUUGAUGAUAUUAGGUUCAAUAAUUCAGAAUUAUUUUAAUUCAUUAUAAUUAAUGUUUAUUUUGGCAUUAGUGUUGGUAUUAAAGGCAAUUUGGAGUAGUGAAAAAAUGAAACGAUAAUUUUUCUUACUGAAGCAUUAAAAUUUUUAACUACACAAAUAGUUGGAUAAUGUUUUUUCAUUAAAAAUAAUAAGAAUUAAAUUUGACAAAAAAUUAAAUCAACUAAAAUUGGUAGAUAUCAAUAAAUAAGCAGAAAAGAUCAUUCAAGAUUAAAAAUAAUUCAUAUCAUUUAUCAGACAAUAUUCGAUAGUGUAAAUUCGAUCUCUCUCAUAGCCAUUUUAAGUUUAUGCAUAUAGUUAAAAAUUUCUGUAUAGGACUCAAACUUUAGAAUAAAUACUUUUUAAUAUGCUAGUAGGUGAUGAUAAGGAGAAAUCGUCCGAAAUUUAUUCUGAAACCUCAAAAAUUGCAUAUAGAAUUGGAAUUUACAAAAUAAUAGAGAAAAACUCAGUUCAUUUAAUCUUGUUACUCUAAGAAGACUCCGAAUACUAAAAGAUACUAAAAUUAAACAAAGAUAUAAGAAAGAAGAAUCGAAAUCAAAGGUUAUUGAUUACUUGUCUUGAAAAUGCUAAGAAAUCUUUGUAAAUAUUAAUGUAUUUGACAAAUGAAAUUAUUGACUAGAAAGAGAAGUUGUCUCAAAAUCUUUACAUAAGUGCUAAAACCAUUAAUCUAGUUUCUCUUUCAUAAAGUAUUCUAUUCAAAUCAAUACAUGGAUAUUAUAAUGUUCUCAUACUAAAUAAUUUACAUCAAUAAUUUUAAGAGAUAGUUUAAUUUAAUAUAGAAAAGCUAUCAAACGAUUUACAUAAAUUGAGAAGUGUAUUCUUCAAUAUCAAAUAAGUACGAAUUAAUUUUGAAGGAGAUAAUUUAUAAUGUGAAUCAAAUUAUGUUUUAACAUUAUAAUUAAUUUUGAAUUUACUUUAAGAUUCAUUUAAUCGUCGAAAUUAUAAAAGUAUUUCAAUAAAAACUUAACUACAACUGUAAGAAAAAACCAAAGUUAUUAACUACAAGAUAUUUCUAUUAAAAAGUGAAGAAAUCGAGAAAGUUUAAGGUCCUAUAAAUAAAAUUUUGGUCAAUUAAUUUUGCUAACUAAAGAAAGUCAAUCAAAAGAUAUUAGAAAUUAUUGGAUGGAAUAAUUAAGUAAUGAUAAUACCAUCAAUCCAUUAUGAUUUAAUUGAAUGUAAUCUUAUUCAUUCGCUUAAAGAGUUUAAAGAUGCUAUACAAAAUUGA